AAACUUGGGCUUGGCACACGUGCUCUUUUUUUUCCUCCCCCCCAUCAAGUGAACCUCUCAGCUGCCGAGGCGAGUGAUGAUGAUGGCGGAGCUGGUUCAGGGACAGGCCUCGGUGGCUCAGCCCGGAACGAAAGAUGACUUCGCAGACACAAUACGCCGGGUUCGACAGAUGGCCGCCAAGAUGGGAGGAGACCAGAUGCCCAACAUGCACAGCCCCUCUCCCGUCAUUGACCCUUCUCUCUACGGCUUUGGAGGCCAGAAACGUGCGCUUGACAAUGGAGUAGGGAACCACCUUGGCGCAAUGGUACAUCAAAGGGCUCUUACGACAGAAGACUUCAAAGUGCCUGAUAAGAUGGUGGGAUUCAUUAUUGGAAAAGGAGGCGAGCAGAUUUCAAGAAUCCAGCUCGAAUCUGGUUGUAAGAUCCAGAUAGCAUCUGACAGUGGAGGCAUGUUGGACAGGCCCUGCACUCUGACCGGGAGCCCUGAGAACAUUGAGCAGGCGAAGAGACUGUUGAGCGAGAUUGUGGAGCAGUGUCGGUACGGGCCGGGCUUCCACUGCGAGAUGGAUGGCAACGGUGCCAUUCAACAGAUCCUCAUACCUGCCAAUAAAGUGGGCCUGGUGAUCGGCAAGGGAGGAGAAACCAUCAAGCAGCUACAGGAGAGAACAGGAGUGCAGAUGAUCAUGAUUCAGGAUGACCCCAUGCCCACCGGUGCAGACAAGCCCCUAAGAAUAACUGGGGACCCCCACAAAGUGCAGCAAGCCCGUGAACUUGUGGUGAGGCUAAUCCGGGAUAAGGACCAGGGAGAUUUUAGGGCCGGCAGGGUUGACUUUGGAUCCAAAAUGGGUGGAAGCAGUCUGGAUGUGGUGGUACCCAGAUUUGCAGUUGGCAUCAUCAUUGGCAGGAAUGGAGAGAUGAUCAAGAAGAUUCAGAAUGAUGCCGGGGUCAGGAUCCAGUUCAAACAAGAUGAUGGAGUCAGCCCAGACCGUGUUGCCCAGGUCAUGGGCCAGCCUGACCACUGCCACCAUGCUGUGCACCUCAUCAAUGAACUGGUUCAAACUGCUCAGGAGCGAGAUGGCUUUGGUGGGGUGAUGGGGCGCAGAAGCCGAGGUGACUGUAACAUGGGUGGUCCCGGAGGACUGCAGGAAGUGACGUAUGCCGUCCCUGCUGACAAGUGUGGCCUGGUGAUUGGUAAAGGCGGCGAGACCAUCAAGAACAUCAAAGAGCAGUCUCGCGCUCACGUGGAGCUGCAGAGAAAUCCGCCGCCCAACACUGACCCCAACGUGCGCAUCUUCUCCAUCCGAGGCACCCCGCAGCAGUUGGAAAAGGCUCGCCAGCUGAUCGAUGAGAGAAUUGGGGCUCCAGGGAUGGGAGGAAACGGCAGCUUUGGCAUGAAUCCCUACAACCAAGGAGCAGCCACUCCUCCUCAGCAUGGACCUCAGACGUUCAUGACUGGCGGAUGGGGCACAACCUUCCAGAUCUGGCAGCCUCCAGGCCAGCAGGACCACAGUCACAAUGGAUCCCAGACGGGCCAGAUGGACUGGGAGCAGUAUUACAAAAAGCUAGGUCAGCAGGGUCAGCAGGCCCAGAGUGCCGCUCCGGAAUACAACAAAGCUUGGGGUCAAACAUCUGCUCCUGGAAACCAGCAGACCUCCAAUCCUGACUUCAGCACCUGGGUGGACUUCUACAGGCAGCCCAUGGCCUACUUCAACCAGGGCGCUCAGCAGACUCAAGCCCCGGGCCUUCAGGAUCACUAAAGAAGGUCUCAUCACUGAGGACGGAGACGACCCUUUCAUUUGUUUUUCUUUCUUUCUUUUUUUCUUUUUUUUAAACAGAGGGUUCUAGACUCGCAUCGCCUUGAAGACUUUUCUUAGUGGGAAACACUAGCUGUAGAAUGACAUGAUAAAUAUAUUUCUAAAAAUCAGCAAACCUUUAUUUGUUACUAAAUGCUUAUGUACACUGUUGUUUUUGAAUAGAGCGUAUCUGGGAUCUCUUUUUGGACUUGAGCAAGUUUCUUUCCUUUUUGUUCUCGUUUUCCCGUCGUGACUCGGAUUGUACCGCCAAAAUGACCUCUCCCCCCCCCCCCCCCCCCCCUUCCCCUGAGACUUGCGUGUGUAACAUUUCAAAAAGGCAAUAUAUGAUCUAUUUUUUUGUAGUUCUGUUUCCGAUGGCACCAUGUUGAUUCCGCUUAGCAGUCUUGAAUAAGUGUUUUUGUUUUUUUUUUUGUUGUUUUUUUUUGUCACGUCAUAAGAUGUUUAAAGAGCGUGUUGAGCUGAUUCUGUUUGUCAUUAUUUUUACAUAAUUCAGUGAAAUGAAACUGUGAUGUUUUGUUACAGGAAAUGUGUUUUGGGUUUUUUUUCUUGUUACAUGGUUUAAAGAGUUUAAAAAAAAAAAGAGGCUAUACGUCAGCCUGCGGUGGCAAUAUAGUUCUAAUUUAAUUCCUCUUGUGCAUUGUAUGCUGUUUUUCAUUGUCAUUUUAUUGUGCUCUGGUUUAAACACACACGAUUUAUUAAAAAAAAAAAAAGAAAA